AUGCAGUCAGCAGGUAUUUUCUAUUCAGUUCCAAGAAAUUUCAGGCUACUUGAUGAGCUUGAGAAAGGUGAGCAUGGCUUAGGCGACCCCAAUGUAAGCUAUGGCCUUGACAGAGGCGAUGACAUAACACUAAGCAGCUGGAAAGGAAUGAUUAUCGGCCCAUCAGGCGGUACAUUUGAGAAUCGCAUAUAUGAGCUCAGAUUUCAGUGCGGGCCGAACUACCCUCUGCAGCCUCCACAAGUCCAGUUUGUCACAAAGGUCAAUGUGCCAAGUGUUAACCCUCGUAAUGGUGCUGUUGAAGGCUUAAGAAUUCUUCAAGCCUGGAGUCCUGAGUAUACUAUGGAAACCAUCUUAGUAGAACUCAGAAAAGAAAUGAUCGCCAACAAGAGACUUGCUCAGCCUCCUGAGGGGGAUAAUUUUUAA